GUCCUCCCUGGUGGCGGGCCCAGAGAUACAUCCUGGCUUACAUCUUGUUCAGUGGAAUUAUGAACAUCUUCUGUCAGCGUGUGAACUUCAGCAUCGCUAUCCUCUGUAUGGUCAACCACACAGCAAUCAGCCACCAUGACCGAUCUCAUCUCAACGACAGCAGCAACAGUUACAACACCACCCACCAUGACCAGCACCAUCUCAACGACAGCAGCAAUAUUUACAGUACCAGCCAAACUGCCACAACCAGGAAGGAUAGCUCACUUUACAGUGAUGGUCCUCUGGUGUGGGACAAGGAGGUGCAAGGUCUGCUGCUUGGAGCCAUCUACUGGACCUAUAUGAUGGUCUCUAUCCCUGCAAAUCUCGUUGUUAGGAAGGUCAAAAAGAAAACCAUUAUCCUGUAUUCGAUGAGUGUCAUGUCUGUGAUGACCAUGCUGCUGCACGUAGCCGCCUUGUUGAGUCCGUGGGCAGUGUUUGUGGUCAAGCUUGUUCAAGGAGCCUGCACUGCUCUGGCUAUAAUUGCAAUGUAUGGUAUGUGGAGCAAAUGGGCCCCACCCGCCGAGCGAAAUCUUGGCAAUAUUAUUGUUUUCCCUGUGUCAGGACUGCUGUGUAAACAUGGCUUCCUUGGAGGAUGGCCUUCCAUUUUCUAUGUCUUUGGCAUCUUUGGUUUUCUGUGGAUCAUUCUCUUCUUCUGUUUCACGGACGAGUCACCGUCAGUCCACCGGUUCAUCACAGAGCGAGAGAGGAGUUAUAUCACUUCAGCCCUGUCUCACACUCCACACACAAGGCAACCAAAAGUGCCCUGGAGCUCCAUAAUGACAUCACUUCCCUUCUGGGGCAUCGUCAUUGGUCAGUUCAGCUUCACCUGGGGACUGCUGCUGAUACUCUCGACACUGCCACAGUACAUGUACGAGGUGCUCAGGUUUGACAUCAAGUCGAACGGUGUCUUCACAAUGCUGCCUUACAUAGCCCUCCUGUUUGUAACGCAAGCCGCAGGCGGUAUCAGUGACUUUGUGAUCAGGAGAAGAAUUCUGAGUAUUCUGUGGACAAGGAGGCUGUGUGUACUGACAGCCAAUCUGGUACCUGCGGUGUUACUGACUGCCAUGAGUUUCCUGGAUCACACUCAGGCUGCCCUGGCCAUCACUUUACUAGUUCUAGCAGUUGGUAUUUCAGGGUUUGCUCUGUCGGGUUUUCUGGUGAGUCCCUAUGACAUCGCUCCCAGGUUUGCCACAGAGAUGAUGAUAAUAACAAAACAAACUCGAGAACAGUGGCAGAUUGUCUACUUUCUCACAUCUGCGAUCUAUGUCCUGGGAGCUGCAUGUUUCUGUCUGCUAGGGCGGGGUGAGGUGCAGCCGUGGGCCAUGGAGGAUAUGUCACUGGUGGUCUCAGCGGCUGAAUCUGCCACUGAUGUGGAGACGAGAGCAGCAGAAAAAAAGGAACUAAUGUCGGAUAACUGA